AUGCAAACUUUCAGCAACAAGGUGUGCCAAUUCAUAGCUAAAUUUAAAUCCAGACAAGAGUAUGAACCAAUACUUGGUCCUCUUGUCCAAAAUGCAAAGGCUGACAGUCUCCAGGUUGGCAACAACUGCUGGAGACAUCGGUUCAAGAAGGUUUUUACCACCGUUUUAGCAAAUGCAAAAGUGGGCUCAAAUGUGAAGUCAGUUUUCCAGCUUCCAGAACACAACCCUUUGCGCAAACAUUUAAGACCUUAAGGUUUAAAUUGACGUGCAAAAAGCUGUACAACAAGAUUUGUCGUUGGUUUAAGGAAAAGCGAAAAUCUAGUGAUUUUGAAUUUAGGUUUACUGGUGAGGAGACCAAAAAAUUUUGCCAUGGAUUCAUGUUUAUCAUUGAAGAUCUCAUUGGUGAUGGCUCAGAUAUACAGCAACCACACAAUUUCUUUGCCUUGUCAAUGGCAAGAAUGGGCCUUCAUUUAAGAAAUGCCUUGUCUCUUGCUGUCAGAGUCUCAGAUAUUAAGACAGAAGAUUUGCCUAAAUUAGAAGGGGAUUGCAGGAUGUAUUUUAAUUUAGCAUCUCUAUUUCAUUCCACCAAUGUUAGUGUCUGGACAAUGGGACAUUGUGUACCUUUUCACUCAAAGCAGUUAAUGGAAGAUUUGAAAGUUGGCCUUGGGAUCAAUUCUAUGCAGGGGAGAGAGGCAAAGCAUCAGCAAUUAGCAUCUUUUGCAGAGUUCUCCCUUCCCAAAAAUAGGUGGGAAAAAGUAUUCAGACAUGAGCACAUGGCACUGAUUUGGUUAAGGCAGCAGAAUCCCUUCAGUGAUGGUUACUCUAAGUGCAAAGACAAAUACAUUCCACCAAGGUGUUAUACCAAUGAAUAUUGUUUUUGUGGAAUUGCUUUCAAUAGCGAUGGUAAAUGUAAAUAUUGUGACAGUAAACUGUCAAAAGAAAUUGCCACUUGUGCUUCUUCUGGAAGCCUGACUGUGAAAAUGAAAGCAAUUUGA